ACAAACUUGUAACCUCAAUUCUUUCCCGUACUUUAUUUAUUUAUUUAAAAAUGUGGAACCAAGACCACACAAAAACACUCAUACAAUUGUAUGAACAACAUGAAUGUUUAUAUUUAAUUAGCAGUGUGCACUAUAAAAACAAAACAAAGCGCAGAAUGGCCCUGGAAGAAAUUACUACAAAUUUCAAUAAUUUGUGUAAUACAGACGUGACAUGGGAUGUAAUACAAAAAAAAAUAAAUGGGCUACGAACAACUUACACCAGUGAACUUAAUAAGUUAAAAAAAAGCGAACAUUCAGGUGCAGGAUUAGACGAUGUGUAUGUAUCGACAUGGUGGUGUUUCGAAUUAUUGAAUUUCUUACACCAUCGGCAAGCACCUCACAAUGCCACGAAAAAUGUUUCAUCAAUCAAUCAUGCGGCACAAGGGCAAGCUGUAGAAGUUUACCAAGGAGAAGUCGACUCUGAAAAGGACGAAUUAAUUUACGAGGGCACAAUAGAUGACAUGGGGAAUUUUAAUGUUGGUACACCGCAUGACGAUUUAAAUAGUCAAUCUCCAAUUACUGUAACACCCAUUUCUCAAAAGUCAACAAAAAAACGCAAAAGAGAAUCUGCAACAGGAGAUAUACAAUAUGAAAAGCUUCCACGUCGGCAUUAA